AUGCCUGUGCCACUUACAGACGAAUCUAAGCCCCUUCCACCAGGAAUAGUCCUCGGACCAGACGGGAAACCAUGUAAAGUCUGUUCCUCAUUCAAAGCAUGGUCCAAAUCCCAACGCUCAGGCUCAAGCUCAAAUGCCGCCGCCAAAGGAACAGCCGCCACCGCCGCAGUCGCAGCAUCCAGCACGACCACAUCACGCGAAAACUGUCCAGCAGACGUAGAAGCCCUCGGUCGAGCAACAUGGACAUUCCUCCAUACCACGGCCGCAUACUACCCAACAAGCCCGAGCGCGCAACACCAAUCGUCGAUGCUUGCUCUGCUUCGUUCGCUUCCGUCGUUGUACCCAUGUUCGCAUUGCGCUUCGGAUUUCGGAAAGGAUAUCAAGAAGAACCCGCCCGAGGGGGUUGUUGGGAGAAACGGAGGAGUUAUUACCGAGCUCGGGACGCCCGGUGACGUUCGUGGAACCUUGCUCAUCCACUGGCGAUAG